AUUGUUGUUGACUCCGCGGACAACAGUUGAGAUGCGCAUAUUGUUGUUUACUUGAAGCAUGGAUUCUCCAGUAGAUUCGAAAGAUGGAUUUUCAACCUAUGAGGACACUCCUCCACGGAGGCAGUUUAAGGAGCGCAAAACACCUUCAUCACCUUUACCUUUCAGUGUGGAAGCGAUCAUGUUGGAUAGGACUCAUAGCGAAGGAGGGAGACGCGACAGCGGUACGAUAGUCUCUCCCCUGGGGAAUUACUCUAUAUCCGUGUCCAGACAGCCUUCUAGUCCAGAAUACUUUAUUCACAAUUUUGACCCGUCUUCUUCGCCAGUUAAAUCAGAGACGUCGGRACCAGGGGACUGUGCGUCAUGGAUGUCACCGCGGUGCAGGCUGACUCCAGCGCUCAACCAGGUCAAUCCCUCCUUGAGGAAACACAAGACCAACAGGAAGCCCCGGACCCCCUUCACCACYUCCCAGCUCCUGUCCCUGGAGAGGGAGUUCCAUCAUAAACAGUACCUGUCCAUCGCUGAGCGGGCUGAGUUCUCUUCCUCCCUGUCCCUCUCAGAGACCCAGGUCAAGAUCUGGUUCCAGAACCGACGGGCUAAAGCCAAGAGACUACAGGAGGCAGACGUGGAGAAACUCAAGAUGGCCGCCGCAGGUGUUGGAUCCAAGCCGGGGUUCUAUCCCCCGGGGUUCUCCUCGCUGCCGUUCCCCCUCUGUGUCAGUCUGGAGGGUCUGGGUGGGGGGGUCUCAGGGAUGUGCGGAGGACAGGGGUACCCCUUCAGACGUACCACUCUGUUAACAACAGUACCACAUCUGGGGGUGUACACCUCACCUGUAGGGUACGGACUCUUUCACCUGUCCUGAGACUGGUCGGGGUGUGUGUGUGUGUGUGUGUGUGUGUGUGUGUGUGUGUGUGUGUGUGUGUGUGUGUGUGUGUGUGUGUGUGUGUUUGUGUGCGUAUGCGAUGAACCUUACAACAAGAUAUUAAAUUGUACUCUAACUCUCAGGGGUGCUUUGAAUAUAGUGUGCUCGACCUACUUUGAUAUAUUCAAGAGAUGUGGAAGUGUACAUUGUUAUACGGUACCUUGUGUUCGCUGGUUUGUUACGGAAGUGACUAGCGCAUCAGAACACCCAUAGUACAAGCAUCAUUGCAGGGUAAUUGUUCAUUUAUUCUAUACCCCUGACCUCCUGACCUGUGCUGUAUUUGCCAAAGCUAGUUGGAUCGUUCCCGAAGGAUAUUGAUCUGGUUCUCCCGUUUGUCUGAUCACUCCGUAAAUGCCAGAUUAUCUCUAUAAUAGCAUUAGUGAUGUCUCUGUUUUUGCCCUUCCUGUCUUUGGGAAAGUUUCUUUUUAGACUUUCAUAUUUGUGAUAUACAUAUAGGACAACAUAUUUAUUGAAUAAAUGUAAUAUAAUUAAGCAGUAAGAGUCAAGGGGGUGUGGUAUAUGGCCAAUAUACCAUGACUUAGGGUUAUUCUUAGCACGACGCAACGCGG